AUGUCUACGAAUCUGCAAGAAACACCUGCACAAGAAUCCAACUCCCUCCAAGGUCUUUCCACGCCCAACUUGAACGGAUCUGCAUCAAAUGAAACACGACAGAAUUUGAUGAUCUCGAUGACUGCUACUGAGAAGAAAUCUACGGCGUUUGAUGUAGCCCAUGAAAUAGAGCGUGAACUAGCGAAAGCAGCAAAGAUACUAGAGAAGAACGAACGAGAAAUAACGUCAAGGAUUGAUGCCACAUUGGCAAGAGUUUCGGCUUUGCAACUGAAGGGGAAGUGA